CUGUUCUCUUCCUUCCACCAUCUUCGAAUUCGUCCGGCUUUGAUAGUCACAUUGUUUUUUCCUUUCAAUUCACAUCCUAUCCUACUGCUACGAUGUCUCAGCGCAAGAUUCCUCUCCCUGAUUUUCGUGGAAGCUUUCUCGCGAACCGCCGUCUACAUCUUCUCGAGCUUCUCGGUUCAGGCGCGUAUGGGAAGGUUUAUCGUGCACUUGAUACCGCCUCGUCUCCCAGCAACCCGGUAUACUACGCUGUGAAAUGUAUGUUCAAGCACGAAAAGGGGACACGCGGAGAUCUGCAACAGCUGAGAGAGUUCGCCCUACACGCCAAGGUCGCUGUCCAUCCAAACAUCGUCACGUUCCACGAUGUCAUCUAUGACCACGCCUUUGUCUAUGUUGUCCUCAACUUGUGUUCUGGCGGUGACCUUCACUCUGCAAUCAUCGAGAAGCGCCUUUUCUACAAGAACGACGAGCUCUUGCGUACCGCCUUUCUGCAGAUCAUCGACGGCGUUCAGUUUUGUCAUCAGCAACAAGUAUUUCAUCGCGACCUCAAACCGGACAAUAUUCUUUGCUCAGCUGAUGGAAAAGAGAUCUUUCUUGCGGACUUUGGCUUAGCGACGCACAAUGACCAGUGCGAGCACUUUGGCUGUGGAAGUAUGUUCUAUAAGAGUCCAGAGUGUCUUGGUGAAAAGGGCCAGAAAACAUACAGCACGCAACAGAGUGAUAUCUGGUCCCUUGGAGUUGUCCUCGUAAAUCUAAUCACUGGGCGUUGUCCAUGGAAAAUCGCGAGAACCGAGGACCCAUCAUUCAACUCCUCUCUCCACGAAGAAGGCUAUUUCAGGCGCACGCUUCCUAUGUCACCCAAAGCUGUCGCACUUCUAAAGCGCAUAUUCCAUCUUGACCCUCUCCUUCGAAUAACGCUUCCUGAGCUUCGUGCUGAAAUCAUCAAGAUAGACACCUUCUUCAUCUCUGAUGCUGAUCUCUUGCUUGCGGAUGAUCAAGUCAAAGUGGUCGAUAGCUAUUUCACCUCUCCCCAAUGCCAUCCAACACCGCGUCAGCGCAAGAUGCAACAACAUCCUUUUGCGUCACUAGGCGAUAUUGUAUCGGUUCCUCAGCUGGACGUUUCCCCGGAACCGGGGCCAGCUCCUCGUCAUCGGGCGCCUUGUAAUACCGCCUUGUUCACGCCUCCCAGACGAAGGUCCUUGUUGACAAAGGUUGUAAAGAAGCUCAAAGCGAUAUCACGGACUUCUACUAGCUCGAGAUCAUCGUAGUCCCACUGUCGCUCCUUUGGUACUAAGGUUUGCUUUUUUGUUGUCGUUCCUGGACUUUGUGUUACCGUUUCCUUACCUUAUUUCCUCCUGGUGAGGAAAAACUGUUGUCAAGUUAUUUACCGCAAAAU